UCGUGUUCUUACAAGUGAUAAAAUGCAAAAGUUGUACGUGCUCUUGGCAGUUGUGGCGUUAGCAGCAACUGCUGCUAAGGCAGCCGAUCCGGUGUGCAAGGCGUGUCAGGAGGACAAUGAAGUAUACUGCGAAUCGACGACUGAGUACUAUUUUUGCAAUAAUAACAAAAUUGAAGGAGCUCUGCAAACCUGUAAAGAGGGCAGUGUCUGCACCAACGACAUUCAAGUUUGUGUGCCAGAAGCCGAUAUUGUUGCUGACGGCCCCAUUAAGAGCUUAUGUGGAGAGGGCGGCACUUCCGGCAAGUGUCAGAACUGCUCAGGCGGUGAUAAGUAUGCCUGUGUGAGCAAAACUGAAUAUGCACGCUGCAUUGCAGGCGAGGUAUCCGUCACAUUUAGUUGCAAUGCGGAUGAAAUCUGUGUCGCUGAGGCACAAGCGACAAGCAAGAACAAGACUGUCUGCGUGCCGAAAUGCGUGGCGGACUUUAAUGGUGAAGAAGCGAGCUGUGCUAAUGACGACUACACUUCGUCCAUCACAACUGCCAAGCCAGAGGCCACACCAUCGCCUGCUGAGAGAGCUAAAACUUGCAGUGAUGCUGCUGUAGAUCAUCCAAAUGUCAAAUGGUUCUAUACUGCCACCGCUGACUGCAAAUCUUAUGUAUAUUGCGAAGGCACAGGUUCGGGUACAACCUUAAACUGGACUGGUUUCCAAAGAAGCUGCACACCUCAAGCGCAAUUCUUUGAUGAGACCACCAAAAGCUGUGUGGCCAAGAAGCCUGACAGUUGCGGCGUCCCAGCCUAAGCUCUGACAUUUAUAAUGCACAUUUUAUGUUCAAUCUUAAAAACACUUACAGCACGCACAUACAAUUUUCUCAAUUAAAUAUUAUUUUGAAUAAAUUGAACACACCUAGCAAGGAUGUAUUGAACAGAAA